AUGGACGAAUCUGCUCAACAAAGUUGUUUGGUGACUGAUGAAUAUAGUUUCUGGUUCUCAUUAUGCAGUUCUACCAAUGAACAACGAUUGGUGAACACUUCAAUAGUACCUAAUGAGAGUUUCUUUUCUCAGAAAACAUCUCGUUUAUAUUUUGAUAUUCAUCGCUUGCCUUAUCAAUCACUUCUCAAAACAGGUGGUAACAAAGUAAUACGUCAAUUUGUUCCAUAUUUGAGAAGAGCGCAUGGACCAGGUGCUAUUUUUCCAAUGACAUCUGCUCGACAGCGUCUCUUCUCGAUUGACUACCAUCAUGAAGGUGGUGCUCAUCACUGGUACAUUAUUCCGGCCCGUGAGCGAGAAGUUCUACAAAGAAUAAUCAAUCGUCACAAAUCUACUAUUUGUCUUGACCAUGGACAGUUACUUAUUGAUCCUUUGAUACUAGACAAAAACCAUAUUCGUUAUCAUCGAGUUAUUCAACAUCCAAAUGAAUUUGUUGUUUUAUCAGCUGGCGCUCUGGCACAAAGUUUCACAGAAGAUGCCAGUUGGAGCGAGUCAAUCGCUUUUGCCUUACCUAGUUGGAUUGAAGAUGGUCAUGCAAGUGCUCCAAUUCCACGAUGCCAAUGCAAUAUUCCUCAAGACUUCUUACCAGACAUAAUUGAUGUUACCCGAUUUAAACAGGAGCUUAUACAAAGAUACAUUACUUUGCAUCUCAAUGUUACCGCUGAUGAUACAUCAUCAACUUUGGAAGGUUCAUGA